UCUCAUUCUCUCUCUUUCUCUCUCUUUCUCUCUCUCUCGUGGCGAAUGAGAAACGAAUUCGAACGCGAUCGUAUUGAUAGUGGUGGUUUACGGCCGCGGACGGUGGAUUGCCGGUGGUUCUGUUGUCUCUGUGACUCCGUUUUUCUGCUUCCGAAGUGCAGCGAUUGCGUGAGGAUCGAAUAGAAUUGAUUGAUUCAAAAAAAAAAAAAAAAAAAAUAGAAGAAGAAGAAGAAGAAGAAGAAGAAGAAAAAGCGGACGGAAAGGAUGGCGUGCAGGCGUAGACACGGGAUCACGAGGGCAGCCACAUUCAAGGAAGAGAUGUACCGGCCAUCUAUGGACGAUGACGACGGCGAGUCGCUCUCCUCCGCGUCGCAGUCGCUGGCCGCUCAGGCCAUUAGAGCCUCCGCCGCUCACCGAGACUCCUCCCUCUCCUCCGCUUACGCUCAGCAACCCCUCCGAGAUCGACCUAAGGCGCUGCAGAAUCAGGGAGGUCCUACCUAUGACUAUACAUCGAUGAAGAGUACAAAUGAAGCAGGCGGUUUCUGGGGUGUUCUAGCUAGGAAAGCUAAAGCGAUUCUCGAUGAUGAUAACAUGUCCAGGCAGUUUGAAACUCCAACAGUCAGUCCUCCAAAAGCCAGCCAGACUUCCCAAUACCAUGAUUUCCAUAAGCCAUUUCAACCCUCUGAUGGUAGAAAAAUGGAGAAUCCUGCAAUUCGUAAGGGUUUGGAUGCACUCACAUCUUCACUUAACCAAUUUGGUGGUAGCCUUGGAACUGCUUUUGAGGAGGGGCGUAAUAUUAUUGAGAACAAGACUUCAGACAUAAUUCAAGAAACACGAAAAGUGCAGAUCAGGAGAAAGGGGUCCGAUCUCGAUGAGGAAAAUCAGGUCUAUAGUGUACGUAGCCAGUGGCAGCAAGUUUCACCACAGCCAAGUCAUCAGAUGCAGAUACAAACUAAUCCAGAAGAUCAACUCAAGGCAUCUCGCGACGUGGCAAUGGCAACAGCUGCCAAAGCUAAACUUCUUGUGCGAGAACUGAAAACAGUUAAAGCAGAUCUGACAUUUGCAAAACAACGGUGCUCCCAAUUGGAAGAUGAAAAUAGGAUCCUUCGAGAGGCUCGUGAAAAGGGAGGCAACCCUGCAGAUGAUGACAUGAUACGCCUUCAACUUGAAACCUUACUAGCUGAGAAGGCUCGGUUAGCAAACGAGAAUGCUGUGUAUGCUCGGGAGAAUCACUUCUUGAGAGAAAUUGUUGAAUACCACCAACUCACAAUGCAAGAUGUUGUGUAUUUGGAUGAAGGCAUUGAAGAGGUGACAGAAGUUUACCCCAUUCCAGGAGUCUCGGUGCUGUCUAGUUCCCCGCCAUCGCCUGCAUCCCCACGGUCACUACCUGAUAUUUCAUCACUAUCCACAUGGACCACAUCCUCCUCUGUGACCAACACGUUCCCAAUAAGGAGAAGCUCUUCUGUGUCCAAGUUUCCAGUUCCACUUUCACCGCAAGUAGUAACAGAUUUUCACAAGCUUGAAGCCCCACCAAUUUUCAAAGCCGAAGGUUCAAGAAAAAAUGACUAACUUAUACCCUCUCCCUUUUUAUUUGUUUCCCAGAAGCUACACUCACUUGUUAUUCCCUUUCAGGGCUUUUUUUGUUCUUUUUAACUGGAAAAGUAGUAGGUUAAAAGAAAAGGUGUUUUUUGUGAUUAAUUAAUUACUUUUCCCUGUAUUAUGUAAAUUUUCAUGCUUAGCUUUUUGGUUUAGUACUUUAAUAAAAAGCAGAAUGUUUGAGCAACUCUAGUUAAAUUAGUCAGACUAUUA